AUGUUCUUCUACCUGCUGAUCGUGUUCUCAGCCGUCAGCUCCCUGUACACGCUGAUCUGGGACCUGAAGAUGGACUGGGGCCUGUUUGACCGUGGAGCAGGAGAGAACACCUUCCUCAGGGAGGAGAUCGUCUACCCGCAGAAAGUGAGUAUCACAUACAUAUGACUUGCACAAACACACACGCAUGGAACACAUACACACACACACAGUCUCCUCUGACCUGAUGACUGUUAUAUUUUCCAGGCGUACUAUUACUGUGCCAUCAUAGAGGACGUGAUUCUGCGUUUCGCCUGGACCAUCCAGAUCUCCCUCACCACCAUGACCAACAUCCCCUCCGUGGGAGACAUCGUGGCCACCGUGCUGGCUCCUCUAGAGGUGUUCAGGUGGGUUGGAGCAUCGCAGAGUCUCUCUCGCAUUCUCUCUCGCGCUCUCUCUCUCUCUUAUAUACCUCACUCUGUAUCCACACACAGGCGUUUUGUCUGGAACUUCUUCCGUCUGGAGAACGAGCACCUGAAUAACUGUGGUGAGUUCCGUGCCGUGAGGGACAUCUCAGUGGCUCCGCUGAACGCCGACGACCAGACGCUGCUGGAGCAGAUGAUGGACCAGGAGGACGGAGUCAGGAACCGCCAGGGCAAGAAGAGCUGGAAGCGCAGCUACAGCCUGUCUCUACGACGCCCUCUGAUGUCCUCUCAGUACGAACCUCCUCUCUCACACACACACACACACACACACACACACACACACAAACACACAUGGCUAAGGCUAGGAGAUUUUCCUGAAAACGUGACCUGAGUUUUUCCCGUUCAGGUCAAUUGGUCAGGAAACCCUCCGGGUCCUCCAGGUUAUGGCCAUUGCCAGGAGUCUGUAUAUGGUGGCCUUGUGCUUGUCUGACACUAUGUGUGUGUUCCUUCUCUCGUCCAGAUCAUCCAAGAAGGACACCAAGGUGUUGAUAGAGGACACGGAUGACGAGGCCUUCAGCUGA